AUGGCUGAUGUAAGUCAUAGAAUCGCUACAACAACUGAUAAUUCACAAUCAAUUAAUGAACAUGUUUUAUGUCGAAUACAAGCUUAUUCCAAUGGUAUCAUUGUAGUAGAACAUGAUUUUAAUAAUGGUAAAUUGGCUUAUGUGAUUGAAACAGGAUAUACAAACAAGAUAUUUUAUCAGUAUUACUUAGAACAUGCAUCAAUAUCAGUAACUAAAGAUUAUCUUAUUAAAGCAAAAAAGAUUAAUGAAUGA